CUAUUAGAAGCAGAGAAAUCCUCCAAGAUAAAUAAAGGAGCGCAGCCCCAAACCCCAGGUUUUGCCCUAGCUCUAAGCUCCGCUCACUUUUUUCCGGUAUCAUCCUCAGUCCGCUUAUCCCCCACUCACCGCACAGUAAUUGGAUUUUAAUUUGUGUUAAAAUGGCAACACGGCCGGAUUUAGACGACGACGAUGAUGAUUUUAGUCAACUUUACAAGGAAUACACUGGUCCUUUAGGGUCAAAUGCUAAUAGUAAUAGUAAUAAUGCGCAAGAUAAGUCAAAAGCGAAUAAACGGUCUCUAGCGGGUUCUGAUGAGGAGGAAGAACCUCGGGACCCGAAUGCUGUUCCCACUGAUUUUACUAGCCGGGAAGCGAAAGUUUGGGAAGCUAAAUCGAAAGCUACGGAGCGGAACUGGAAGAAAAGGAAAGAAGAAGAAAUGAUAUGCAAGAUAUGUGGUCAAUCGGGUCAUUUUACUCAGGGAUGCCCCUCAACUCUUGGAGCGAAUCGGAAGUCGCAAGACUUUUUUGAAAGGGUUCCUGCAAGAGAAAAACAUGUAAAAGCCCUGUUCACUGACAAAGUCAUACAGAGGAUUGAAAAGGAUAUUGGCUGCAAACUCAAAAUGGACGAAAAAUUUAUAAUUGUUAGUGGCAAAGAUAGGUUAAUUCUGGCAAAAGGUGUUGAUGCUGUUCACAAGGUGAUUAAAGGGGAGGGUGAUAAGAAGGGCUCCUCUAGUUUCCACAACAGCAGAUCUAGGUCACCUGAGCAGAGUCCUGUUGGCUCGCGAUUGCGACGCUCUGAAUCGGAAAGAUCUUAUUCAGGUCACCCACGUGAUACACCACUGUAUCAGCAAAAGUUUGGGAGACAAGAUAAUAAGAUUGUGGAAGAUCGUGUUCAUGAGGAUUUGCAAAAGUUCAGAAGACAAGAUAAGACUGUGGAAGAUCGUGUCCGUGAGGAUCUGCAAAAGUUCGGGAGACAAGAUAAGAUUGUGGAAGAUCGUGUCCAUGAGGAUCUGCAAAAGUUCGGGAGACAAGAUAAGACUGUGGAAGCUCGUGUUCGUGAGGAUCUGCAAAAGUUUUCUAGAGGUUCUCCACAAGCUUAUGGUAAUGACGGCGGUAGAAGUCGCUCAAGCCUUUCUAAAUCUCCUGCACGCCCUCCUUAUGCUGGAAAUUCAUAUGGUACAUAUGAUGGUCACAAUCACAGUAUGGGUUAUAGAAAUGAUGGGCAGGAAACAGAGAGGCGAGGACCUGAUUUGCAAUCUGGCCAUCAAUUUGAGUACCCAACUUUCCCUCAGACAUUAGAGGAACUAGAGUUGGAGUUUAAGAGGGAAGCAACAGAACUUUGUAGAAUUCGUGACAAGGAAGAAGAUGAUGAGAAUAUCAAGCAUCGUGAGAUUAUCUGGGAGAUGAGAGAGAAUUACAUGAAGAACCUAGCUAUUCUGAGGGGCACACAUACAAGACAGUGGGAGGAGUUUCUUCAGCUGGAUUCUCAGAGGCGCCAGCAACAAGUUCGGCAGCAAAUGCCUGCAUCAGGCUUUAGCGGUUAUAAGCAGCCUACAUAUUCUGAUUAUGAUGGCUCUUCAGCCAAUCCUCAUUAUACUGGGACUAGUUUACCAAUGGAUUCGAGGACCAGGUACUCAAAUCAUGUGGAAAGUUAUCCUUCUAGGCCACAUGACAAUUAUGGUGAGCUCCAGCGUCAGAGGCGUGAGGAUUUUGGGAAAGCUUACAAUCGAUAUUAAGUUGGUAUACUAAAACUGAUACCGGCUCCAGAUCAUCGUCCCGUAUGAGUUAAUGCACAGGGGAUGCUUUGAUGUAGGUAAGUAUGGUGAUUGUGAUAGACCUUAAGAAUGGAAUGAAUUAGCAUAGACUAUGGUAUGAAUUAGCAUAGACUAUACCACUAGAAUUGGUUGCGUUGCGUUUAAUCAAUGUUUCAUUUUAUGUGAAAAACUUUCUUGCUGAGUGAGUUUGAUGUUCGUACGUAGGGUAUUGCACACUUGUUAGUUGCAAACUUCUAUCUGGAUAUUCGCAUCAAUGGGGUUCUCUUUAAUUUU